GAAUUCGACAUUUGUUAUUCGAUCAAUCAGUGUCUAAGUGAAAAGGGGAAUCAUGGGUCUCCUAUUCAGUGAAACCUCUUCGGAUAUAAUUGCAUUUUUGUUGAUUGGCUUUUUGGCCGCAUAUUUCUAUGUCAAACAAGCGUAUUCAUAUUGGAAGCGGUUGGGUGUCAAGUAUGUGGAACCGACAUUUCCGUUUGGCAAUUUUGGACCAACCAUUUUCCAAAAGAGAGUCGCCGGCGAACUGGUAGCCGACGUGUACAACAGCAGCAAUGAACCGUUUAUUGGUAUGUUUGGCGUGCUUCGUCCAUUGCUUGUCGUACGGGAUCCGAAACUCGUUCGAUCAAUUUUCAUAAAAGACUUUCAAUACUUUGUCGAUCGGGGAGUGUAUAUUGAUGAAAAGAAUGAUCCGUUGUCUGGCCAUCUGUUUUCUAUGAGGGGGGAAGCAUGGAAAAAUUUGCGUGUUAAAAUGUCUCCACUGUUCACAUCCGGAAAAUUGAAGGCUAUGUUUUCCACACUGUUAGACUGUGGUACGCCGCUACAGAAAUACAUCAGCAAAAAAGCUGCAAUGAAUCAAUCAGUUGAGUUUAGAGAACUGGCAGCGAGGUAUACAACCGACAUUAUUGCUAGUGUUGGUUUCGGCAUCGACGUGAACACCAUCGACAAUCCGGACGCCGAAUUUCGCCGCUAUGGUCGAAAAGCUUUGGAAAUGAACUUCAAAAAUGGCUUGAGAGCUUUCUCAACAUUAAUCUACCCAAAAUUACAAAAACUGUUGAGCCUCAAGUCAGUAGACGACGAUGUGGAAAGUUUUAUGAUGAAUGUGGUGAAAGAGACACUCACAUAUCGUGAAAAGAACAACGUUUCUCGAAAGGACUUGAUGCAACUGAUGAUCCAGCUACGGAAUACUGGUAAAGUGCAAAACGAUGGCGAUUGGGACACUAAAAUUGUUAGUGAUGAAGCAAAGAAGACGCUGACGUUUAACGAAAUAUCGGCACAGGCAUGGGUUUUCUUUAUCGCUGGUUUUGAGACUUCAUCCUCGACUCUAUCCUUCUGCUUGUAUGAAUUAGCGAAAAAUGCAGACAUUCAAAAAAAAGCGCAAAACGAAAUCGACGAAAUUAAGAAGCAGCACAAUGGUCAACUGUCCUAUGAUGCUGUUGGUGAAAUGAAGUACAUCGACUGGUGCAUUGACGAAACACUACGUAAAUAUCCGAUAGUUCCGAUAUUGAACCGUGAAUGUGCUCAAACGUAUAAAGUGCCAGGCAGUAACUAUGUAAUGGAAAAGGGUACAGCCAUAUUGAUUCCAGUUCUGGGAAUCCAAAGAGAUCCGACAUACUAUCCGAAGCCGGACGAAUUCAUUCCGGAAAGAUUUAAACCAGAAAAUAUUAAACCAUUCGAGGACAUGCCAUACAUGCCAUUCGGGGAUGGCCCUAGAAAUUGCAUUGGUGUCCGACUCGGAAAAUUGCAGACAAAAGUUGGUUUGAUUUUGAUGCUGCAGAAUCAUAACUAUCACUUAACGGAAAAUACAUUGGGAGAGUUAAAAAUGAGUCCGAAGACCUUUGUGCUGGCACCUGAAGGUGGUGUCAAUUUGAAAAUGACACCGAGAAGUGUGUAGGCCUCAACGGACCACAUAAAACUUUAUGUAACGAUUCUAUAUUUGGGUGAAAUAAAUAGAAACCUUGAAAGAAGAUGCAGGAGAAU